AUGAGGCUCUCCGUCGUCGGCCUCUUCCCAUUUCCCUUUGCCCUCAUUUGCAUCCACCUCACCAAAUACGUGGAGCCAGCUGCUGCACCACCUGAUACAUACGACCCUCAUGCUCAUGCACGACAUUGCAUGCCUUUGAUCGUCGCCAAAUUUGUCUUCGUUUUUCUUGGAGCCUCAGUCGCCUCCUCGUUCGAGGUGGUCAACCCCGACCCAACAGAAGGCCCAACUUACCUUGCAUUCGCUGUGCGGGACAAAGUUCAGGCAUACCUAGAGGAGAACGAGCAAGAGAAGCUAAAGCAGAUCAUUGCAGCGUUAUUCCCUCAAGGCGAUAGCGUUUUCCCGAACGACAUCCUUCCCAACAACAUCGAUGUUUUCUGCACGCUCCUCAAAAUCUCGAAGGGCAGGUGGAUUAAAUACUUUCGGCGUCAUAAAUCCCUGAGCGAUGAUAAACUGCCUUUCGAUCCGACGAGCAAGCCUCCUAAUUGGCCGGAAGACACUGGAGAUCCAACCUUCUUGGAGAGAUUCUGCAAAGAACAGUGGAAGUUUUGCGUGCCCGUGAUACGUCAACCAUUUGCGGACCUACAUUUCCCCCCAGAAACUAUCUUGCCGAUUGUGUAUAAAAAGAGUUUGAACUCUGGAGGGAGCGCAACGCUGUGGCUGAUCAAACUACACCCUGCGUACAACCAGCUCAUAUCUGAGAACGAAAAAACACGACUAAAGGACUCUGCCGACACCUUCGUGCUCAAGACAUACUUCAUCGCAGCGGCGCCGACAUCAUAUGCCAGAGAGGUUGAGGCGUUUCGGAGGUUGCAGCAGGAUGGCGGGGAGACAGGAAUAAUCGGAUUUCAUGGUAGCUUUACCAGAGGCCAUACCCAUAAUGUUCUCCUCCAAUACGCCGACAAAGGAACUUUGGAGGACUACUUCCGAAACGAGAUACCACCCGUGGAACCAGAAGAGAUCAUACAAUUUUGGGAAGCUCUGUUCAAAAUAAUAGAUGCAUUGAGGCGCAUACACCAGACACAGCCAGAUGGGGGCGCUUUUAUAUUUCAUGGGUGGCACCAGGACGUGAAACCUGAGAAUAUAUUGGUCGUAAGCAAUGGAUCAGAGAAUACAAGCGAGUGGGAGUUCAAGCUGGCAGACCUCGGGACAAGCCACUUCAAAAGGGUUGACGCGUCACGGCAGGAUUCGACAGCCAGUGAUUCGUAUGGGACUAGGACCUAUGGUGCGCCAGAAUGCUAUAGACCCGACGAGAGAUCCGUCCACGACAAGCUCCGAGUGGGCCAAAACGUCGACAUAUGGUCUCUGGGCUGCGUUUACAGUGAGCUUGCGCGAUGGAUGAAGAAUCAGUACAAAGGAGUACAAGCAUAUCGAGGUGAACGCCGGAACGAGAUUUCGAAGAUACCCGAAUUUCGGGAUGCUGACUGUUUCCACAACGGCGAUGCGAUGCUCACUGCAGUGCGUGAGUCUCACAGAAAGUCAACCACGAACUUGCGAACGGGAGACUAUAUUACGAAAGCUGUUGUUGAGCGGAUGAUUCCAGAUAUGUUAGACAUAUCUCUAGCUCGUCCUACAGCUGAAAAGCUCUGGUACAAAUCCAAAGGCAUUGUCGCAGAAGCCAGACAGGAACUUAAAUACGCCAAUAACCCUGCUUCAGGGGAGCGCAGGGCAAGCGCAAGCCGGUCGGCGAUGAGCCGCAGUCAAACUGUCCCUCAACAUGCACCCCCGGCACCUCCGAAUCCUCCACCUGAUAUUUCACCGCCUCAGUCACCUACCUCCGACGGAUCAUAUCAACAAGGAGAGAUACCUUACCGCCCCAAAAGAAGGUCGCAACAUGGACGCGGCGACCCAGACCGCAUCUCUCCAUUACAGUCACCGAUUAACACAGACGGUCAGCAAAGUCAAAGUCCAGAUUCCAUUGCAGAGGACGAUGUAUGGACUGGAGACCCGCCUAGUCGUGAUAAUCCGCGACGCACCGCACACCAAUCUCGUCACGCUGACCGAAGCGAUAUAUCAGCCAAGGAAAGUCUCAAACAGGCAAUCCAAAAAGGCCCAUUUGUCGGACCUCAAUCUGAAAGUUCUGGGAUGGGGGCUGGACGCGGACAUGAAGGUAUCGUCAUGAACGGCGGAUCUGCGAGAGGAAUCCGCCAUCGGUACUCAGAUUACAGUGAGGGCUACAGCCCAUCACCCCGCAAGUCCAACUCGCCAGAUGAGAUGGAACAUAUGGCAUUCAAGCCGACGCGCCAUUCUCGGCAUAUAUCCAGAGGAGAAUCAUCUCAUUCCCGCGUGACAUCGGACAAUUCGACUCUCUCAACCACGCUCGAGCCCGUCGCUCAACCACCACAUACGGAAAGUCCCAUCCCUAUUCCUCAGAUGCAGGAUCGUUCCUCAGCUCCUGCCGUUCAAGGUACUGCAAAUAGUCUAACACCGCCUCCAGAGCGAUGGUCGGUGGAAGAGGCACUGGAGUGGAAGCGCGACAGAAAAGACAGUGGGAUCCAAAAACCAAUUCCAAAUCCUCAACUUCAUGAUCGCUUAAGGAAACGAGAUCAUGUAUUCUUGAUUGAUGAUUCUGUUACAAUGACACCUCAUUGGAAAAGAGUGACAAGGGUGUUCGAAGCAUUGUCAUACGUUUUGAAGGAUGUUGAUCCUAAUGGCCUCGACCUAUCCUUCACCAUCUCUGGCGACACCUUGAAGAAAACCAAAAGGACCAGCAAACUUGUCGAGAUGGUCAAGUUGCGAUCGAAACACCUUAAAGGAACUACAGACAUGAAUCUGAAAUUGACGGAAAUCCUCGCCACAUAUCAAACCGAACUCGAGAAGCCUAAAGGAUUCUUUGGAAAACCCGUCCUCCCACGAAAUCUGUACAUUCUUACCGAUGGUAUUUGGGAGCCCAAUUGCGAUGCAGCAGCGCCCAUUAAAAAUCUUGUCAAUAAACUGAAUAAACUUGAUAUAGGCAGAGUACAAGUUGGGAUUCAGUUUAUCAGCUUCGGUGAGAACACUGCCGCUCUCGAGCGUCUUGAUAUUUUGGAUUCGAGGCUGGGCCUUAAACCUGACAUUGUCGACCACGAGCCAUCUGAUGGAGACGUAUGGAAAAUGCUCCUCGGCUCCACCAACGACUACUAUGACAGUCAAAAUGAGCAGCAGCAGGCUCCAACUGCAGUCUCGCAAGAAGGCAGCUCAACGAGAAUCGACAGGGAUUACACUUAA